CCCUGUCUCUCUUGUGUCUGUCUCCCACUCGAGCUUCAGCUUCUUCUCUCUUCGUUCCUUCUCUGCUUCGCUUAGUAAAAAUUAAAUUAAUAAAUUAAAUAAAUAAUAUAAAAACCCUGAAAUUUUGGCGGGACAAUGUCAGGCAAAGGAGCUAAGGGUUUGAUUACCGGCAAAACCACCGUUAACAAAGAUAAGGAUAAGAAGAAGCCUAUCUCUCGCUCUUCUCGCGCCGGUCUCCAGUUUCCAGUUGGUCGAGUCCACCGUCUACUUAAGGAAAGGGUUGCAGCAAAUGGAAGGGUUGGAGCCACAGCUGCCGUUUAUUCAGCAGCCAUUUUGGAGUAUCUGACAGCAGAAGUUCUGGAGUUGGCAGGGAAUGCUAGCAAGGAUUUGAAGGUGAAACGUAUUACGCCUAGGCAUCUGCAGCUUGCAAUUCGAGGAGAUGAGGAACUUGACACUCUCAUCAAAGGAACCAUAGCUGGUGGAGGCGUUAUCCCGCACAUUCACAAAUCCCUCAUUAAUAAAUCCUCCAAAGAGUAGUUUGUAGUAAUAUUACCUUCUCAGCUUUGUUGUGUUUGUACUUUAGAGCUUAGGCCAGACAGAUUUGAACGAGGAACAAUGACAAAUAUUCAAUUUGAGGAAUUGGCAUCGAUCGUUCUCAUUCAGUGACAAAAUGAUGAUAUGUUUGUUUCA